AUGAAUGAUAUGCAACAGGAAGAGAGAAAGCCAGACAGACAGACAACAGUAGCUGUCCACACUCGCCCAUCAUGAGGAACAGGGCUACCACGCCAUUGAGCAAACCGAAAAUCCGACAAUCAUGGAGCAAAUACAACCUGUAUAACCUGCAACGACUCCGCAACCCCCCCACCGCAACCAGAACCUUCUUCCAACAGAAAUGGACUGCCAAGUCUAUGUCCCGCGCAUACCACGGUGAACAGGUCCGCGAGAGUCAAUGGACGCGCAUGUUCUCCCGGCGGCUCCGGAGUGUUGUGCCCAUGAGUCCGCUGAAGCUGGCUCAGGAUGACGGCUCGGGCAUGUCUGCUGGUCGUGGAUCGGGUCUGGAGGGGCCAUCGGAGUUGGAAAAGAAUCUACCCCGGCCGACUCCCUACUCGCAUAUGACUUUUGCUCCGUUGGAGCGGAGAUUGGAUGUGGCUAUCUUCCGGGCUCUGUUUUCUAGCAGUGCUAGACAGGCGAGGCAGUUUGUGGUUCAUGGAGCUGUUACAGUUAAUGGAAAGAAGAUGAGAUACCCCGGUUACCUCCUUAACCCCGGCGAUAUGUUCCAGGUCGACCCCCAGCGUGUCAUGUUCGCCACCGGUGCCCCUAAAGACAAGUACGAACGCCGCGAAGGUCGGGUUGCUAAGAAAAAGGCUGCGGAAUCACAGGAAGCUGAGACCGCAGAGGAAGGUGCAGCAACUGAGGAAUCGAAGGACGCUGAAAAGGAGGAGAAAGAGACUGAGCCCGAGAACGAGGAUACCCGGGAGACGCUGAAGGCUCUUCUCGCCCAGGCGAAGACCAUCAUGGCUAGCAACAAGGAGGUCCUUCCCGCCAAACGGAAGCAGGAACUGCGUGGAUUCCAAAAGGCCGUCCGACGAGUGCUGUCGCGGUCCGAGUCUAGUUCCGUUCUCACAGACAGUCUGGAGGCCCAGUUCUCCGAGCUCACUCUCCUCCUCAAGGCCAAGCGGGCCGAAAGCAAAGGAAAGAACCAGAAGCAGUCGAAAGAAUCCGGGGAAGCCAAACCCGCGUCCCCGGCCCCCGCCGAAUCCCAAGAAGCGAAGACUGAGACUUCUGCUGAGAGCGAGCCCGAAAUCGGAUCCAAGCUCACCGAGGCCUUCCGCAAGGCCGCCCAGAACCCCGAAGAAGAAGUGGACACAUCCGAGCUCACAGACGAGGAGUUCGACGUCCUGCGCCGCGCCCUCGUCCAGAUGCGCGACAACCCCAUCGACAACACCAAGCCCUAUGCUACACCCUGGCGACCUCGUGACUACAUGGGAGCGUUCUCCUUUAUCCCCCGGUACCUGGAAGUGAACCAGAAUAUCUGUGCCGCUGUGUACCUCCGACACCCUGUUGCUCGCCCAGGACACUCGGAAGUGCCCACCCCGUUCAGUGAGGGGGUAGCAACGUCCGCUUUCUCCUGGUAUCUGAGACGGCGGUAGACUAGACAUGUCUAGUUCUGUGUAAUAUCUUCCUUUUCUCCUCUUUAUUGAUUCACUUUCUGUAUUACUGGGAUCUGGUCUGUAUGUAUGUGUGUGCGUGUUUGUUUUUUUUUUUUUCUUGCAUAGUCGGUGCUCCUCGCUAUCUCUUAUCUCUGCCUGUAUUUCUGUGAGGCAGGCAAAAAUAACCGAUUUCCUUUGCAAGGUGUUGGAUGAGCCUACUAAAUGGAUGGAUGGAUG